AUGGCUGCACCUCCUCGGCCUACCACAGUCGCGCCCAGAGACACUCAGCAAUAUGCUCUCAGCACUGGAUCGCGCCCCUACCGGUCACACAAAGUCCGGGCAUGCGACUUGUGCCGAAAACGCAAGUCUCGUUGUACAGUCGAUUUGCCUGGCCAGUCAUGCCUGCUGUGCAGAGUUCAGGGGGCAGAUUGCCAUUAUGGCGAGGACAAGUCAAGCCUGAUAGACCAGUCCGCACCAACUGCCAGUGCCGACACUAAGCCCUGGAGCAUGCCUCCCGAUACCAAAGGGCUGAAGAGAACCCAUGAUGAGAUGAGCUCGACGCCUCCUGCUAGAAAUCUCGUGGAAAUCCCACAGGCGGGCCCCAAGGAAAAUCUUGUCAAGCUUUCGUCUAAAGCAGAGAAUGACCAGCGCUGUAGGCACGGGCCGGGAGAGUCUGUACAUAUCAUCGGUCCAGUUGCUGCGGCCGAUGCUCAGGUUAUUGAGCGGUACAGCGAAAGGUCGAAUAACCACAGUCCAGACCGAAAGACACCGUAUAAUGUCUACUCCAAUGAUCCGAGAAAACCAAUUCUAUACACUACUGUAUCGAGGCGACGGCAGGGUCUCAGGACGACUGGAACUCCCGGUGAAAACCAAAGGGAGGUUAUCGAGCAGGUAUUGGGCCCGUUCAAGCAUGAUCUAAUCAAGAUAUUCCUUGACAAGAUUAAUGCUUCAUUCCCAAUAUUUGAUGAAGAAGCAUUUUUGAGUGGGUAUGAGGCUCAAGAUGACAGUGUCCCGCCUGCAUUGCUGUGUCAGGUAUAUGCUACAUCAUUAAUAUAUUGGAACCAAUCACCGAUCCUCGCUCCACAUCCAAAGCCUGAUGUCAGUGGCCGCACCGUGGCCCUUGCGCAUUGUUUAGGCCUCAAUCGAGAUCCAAGCAACUGGAAAUUAUCCCGUGCAGAGAAGAACCAGCGUAUUCGGCUCUGGUGGGGGGUGGUCAUUCACGAUAAAUGGGCAAGUUAUGGCCAUGGUGUACCGCCGCAUAUCUCACGCAAUCAGUAUGAUGUUCCUCUUCCCACAAUCAGCGUCCUAGUGCCGCAAGCAAAUCCCACGCAGCAAAGAGUCAGAACUGCGCAUUGCUAUAUCGCUUUGUGCCAGUUAACUGAGAUUCUCGGCGAUCUUCUUCCUUUGGUAUAUGGACUCCAACCGAGACCUUCGAAGGAGACAUCAAAAAUCCUCAGGAGAAUGAGAUCAGACCUGGAUCGAUGGGAAGAUUCUUUGCCGGAUUGGCUAAAAGUGCCACAAGACCAAGACACCCCGUCAACAUCGGGAGCCAGCAGCAUGCAGCUAGCCUUUUUAGCGCUCAAAAUGCUUGUUUGUAGAGUUGAGCUCCAAGAAGUUAACCCCUCAGACAACCCAAACACAGAGGCCCGUCGAUACUUCCAAACAGAAUGCAGGAAGGCUGCCGAGGAAAUAGUUCAGUUUAUGCUCUCGCUACGAAAACCGCAGUACCAAGAGUUUUGGAUGUCCUACAGUUCAUACCACUUGACAUCAACAGCAACUCUUCUCGUCCGCUCUGCUCUAGAGACAUCUGAUCCAGAGAUUGCUCGAUCCUGUCUCAAUAACGUCAGCAUUCUCCGCGGUGUUCUUGAAAAAGCACGUUCUGAAAAUGACUGGGAUGUUGGCGACAUGUGCCUUGACCACUGCGAGAAGAUUUUAAGCAAGCAUACCACUGAGGAGGUUGUACAGGCUUCAGAGCUCAAUCGAAAUGCAACCAUAAAUCACCAGGGUUCCGAUGCCACCGAAGCUGUCGCAAUGACACCGUACGAUCGAGCAAACCACAAUGAUAUUGUUGACGACAUGAUGUCCAUUUCCGGUACAUUUGGAACGAUGGAUGGUUUUCCUUUCGAUAUGACCGGAAUCUGGGAUGUAUCGGGCCUGCAAGACCAGGACACCAAUUUCAUGAACAUGACGCCGUUGCCGUAG